CUGGCACCAUACGCAUUCCACUGUUCUUACACAACAAACGCAGUAGAGUAGCCAUUUCUCGAAUCCUAUACCGAAUUUACCAAAGGAACAUUGCUAUUUUUUGAUUUCCCUGUAAAUUAGUCUUCGGAUGGCAAGUAUUCACAGGAAUUUAAAGAUCACCGUGCACUAAUUCCCUACCUCAUUCGUUGCUAUAUAAUAUAAAUUUUUGCUUUAAAGAAAAGAAAAAGCUUAUAGAAGUACAUCGUCAUCCUUUUUUUCUUUUUCAUUCCCCAAGUUUUAUCAUAUGGAUGUUGAAUUGACUUCCAAAGACAGAGAAGAGUUGCCGCCCUCAGCAGUGGAGAAGGACUCUUCCAACGAGUUAAUUAGUUCUAGUUCUCCUCAACAACUCGAAGAGUCAAAUAUACCGGUGCAUCCUACAGCGGAAGAGGAUGAGAAGGAUGGGUCAUCGGAGUUGGAUCAGCCAAACUCUUUUGCUGCGUCCACUGUGAAGGAUAUUGAAGAGAAUCCUUCGAUUCAUGAUCAAAAAAACGUGGUGACUGGUCCUGCUGAGUCUGUGUCGAGCCAGGAUCCAAUAGACGCUCUUGCACAAAACGACGAACAGAUAGGUUUCCCAGAAUCCGAGUCUAUGCACGAGCAGGUAGAUUCUCAGGACAAAGGUGAGACGGCUUCCUUUGAUCCAUCAUUGAGGGAUGUAUUGGGAUCACAAGAAUUAGCUGAUGAACCGAAGGAAGCUGAAGAAGAUUCAUCGCCAAACCCGGAAUCGAAGGAUACCGAAUCGCAAAGUUUGGAGGCCAAUGCGGAUACCGUACAAGAGGAGACUUCUGAGCCUGUAAACAAAGGCAUUGCUUCUGCCGCCGAAAAUCGUUUCUCUAUGUCCCAAUUAUUUGCAAAUGAUGAGCCUUCAAGCUUGGGCCUUUUUGAUAACCUUAUUGAAUCAACGGACUCUCAGUCCGUCGCAGAUGCGAAUAGCAGUGACAGUUUAUUUGGUCAAGUCAACCAGAAAUCCGAGACCAAAACACAGGAUCUAAUCGACUAUAAUAACCCUAAUGAAUCUCAAUUUUCAUCUACAAAAGAAACCUUGGAAGCAGAGUAUGACCAUCCUGUUUCUGCGUCUACAGAAACAGUUUUAUCAUCAUCUUCGAAACACUUAGAAAUGGAAUAUCGGAAUCAAGAAUCAAUCGUUCCAAAGAAUCAGCCGUUUAGAGAAAGUGGUUUUGACAAGGAAACAACUCAUGUCUUUACUGAUGAUAUCCAACCCAGUUCAACCGAAAAUACUCGUGAACAACCUUUUGAAUCAAUAUCUGGAGCAGUCGAUGAAACAAAACAGGAGAAUCCUACUCUUCAUGAUAAUUCCUAUGAAGAACCCAAGAUGGUAACUUCCAAUCCGACUGUGGAAGAAACUACGGACCUUUUUCAGAAUAAUCCUGAAGAAGAGGAGAAAUUCUUUUAUGAGGUUUUACAACCCCAUGAACAAACUCCCUCCAAGCAACCAAAGAACCGCGAUGCUGCUCCUUCCUUAGAAACUUUCUCCUCCUUUAAUCAACCUACUGCUGACGAGGAUACGAUCUUAUUUAAUCAAUUUGCCAACAACGAUACAUCCUUAGGAAACUUGUCAGAAGAAAAGAAAAUCGAUGAUACGAAUUAUAAUGAACUGAUAGAUGAUUCCGAGUUUUCUUCAUUGAUGAAUAAUUUCUUGAAACCAGCUGCUCAACCUUCUUCUUCAGCAUAUAUUCCCAAACAAACCAAACCCUUACCAGCAGCGUCGUUAUCUCCUCUGGAAACCAUAAGGCGUCCAACCUCUCAAAAUUAUAAACCUUUUGUUGCUUCCAAAGAAGGUUAUAGCUCACCUUAUGAUCUUCCCGAAGAAAUCGUUCAACAAGCUCAGCAAAAGCGAUCUGCAUCUUAUACUUCUGCGCGAAAAGCCGCUCAAAUAUCUGCUUCAAAAACUUCGUCUUCUACGGUAGAUAACGUUCAAGGAUUCAAUGCUCCUCCUUUGUCGUCAGAAACUUUAGCUCCACCUACUAUAACCAGACAACCUCCUAACAUACUUCCGGUGCCUCCUGAUAUUAAAGAUCGCCCUGCUACCGUAUCAGCGCAUCCUUUUGUCAACCAAACGGCGAGGGCGAGUGAUGGCCCGUAUGGGAGCGGAAGGUAUACCUCUGAUUUGUCUAGUAUAAAGCCUUCGACUGCUCCAAUGGCCUCCUUACAAGGAAUAAAAACCUUCGAAACAAAGCCUCCGACAUCCCAAAAGAAUAUGCGAUCUUCGUAUGCUCCUAUUAUAUCUCCUAAUGAAUCCCCCCAUGUUCAACAAUUACCUCGUGCAUCGGUUUCUUAUACUCCAAUUGAACCCAAGAAGCCGAUGGCUUCGAUUCCCAAUACUCCUCCAUUUGGAACCCAAAGAAAACAAACACAAACAUCUGUGCUUGAUGGUUCCGGUGUCCGUUAUGACCCACCUACUGGAUUUCAGACUAAAGCGGGCUAUUCUCCGUCAUCAACACUUGGAAGAGCAUAUCCUAGUGUUCCGAACUUGCAGUCUCCCAUGCUUCCCUCCGAAGGUGUUUCGUCAUUUGUGAACGGUAAUGAAAUACAAUCAAUUCGAGGAAGUACGGCACCGCCAUUGCCCCUUACUAAAGUUUCUUCUUAUACUGCAACACAUGAUACAUCAAUCAACACAACGAUUCCUUCACUUAAUCGAGGAUACAAUGCGGAGCAUAUUUUUCCUUCAGAUACCCCUGGAACCACUCUUCCUCCUAUCCAACGUCCUGUUUCUCGUACAAGAAGCCCAGUACUUUUUCAUACUGAAACUAUACCGGAUCGACCCGCCACAGUUUCUUUGCCUGCCAAACCACCUCAUGAAAGCGAAAGUAUGAAUUUUCUUGACGUGCAACAAGACAACAGAUUGACUGGGAAUGCUAAUCCGUUGUCAAUAGAAACUCGGGUUGGAAACGAUUACCUGAGUGCCCACUCAGCUCAUCCGUAUUCAAAACCCUCCCCUUAUCCUUUAGAAUUACGGUCUCCCAUCGCUGCAUCCGUUCCUGUAUCACCCAACAUUGCUGCUUCUAAGUCCGAAAGCAACCUGGUAUCAUCUAAUGAAAUGCUACAACAGCAAAUAGAUUUGGUUAGGUCAAAACCAAAGCCCAUUAUAACAUUUGGACCUUGUGGAACAGUGAUAACUUCUUUCCCUAUUUCAAGCCAGCUUUACUCCGCAAAUGGAAGAAGGGAUAGUUAUCAACCCGGGCUUUUGAAACUUCAAAGCCUGACAGACUUACUACCUCAGGAUUAUGAUCAUGUUAGUAACUUUCCUGGCCCGUUUAUAGGUUCUGGUGAUAAACUCGACAAAAAUGCAAAGAGUGCGGCAAAGGAAUGGAUCUCUAAAUAUAUAGAGAAUUUAAACUUAGAGAUGACUUAUUCAUCUCCUGGUGAUACAUCCCAAAGUGAAGACAAACUGUUAUUGCUGCAGUCUAUGGAGCUUCUUCUAAGUAUACCAGAUAUGUCGACAUUCCCAGAGAAUCUAGUUAAGAUCCUCGUAUCCGGGUUUGAAAAGCCUCCUCCUUGUAAUACGGCAACAACCGUACAGGAAUUAAUAAACCCGGAGAGAAACGUUGAUAGUUCUCCGGUGGUAUCAACGAGGGAUACUACAGUUUCUUUUUUGGAGCGCGUUUACGAUUAUUUACUUAUUGGUGACAAGGAGGAAGCGCUUAAUUUUGCUCUUCAAGAGAAACAAUGGAGCUUUGCUUUAAUAAUUUCAUUUGCAUUAGGACCAAAGGUUUUAGAAAGCACAGUGAGGAGUUUUACGAAGUCUGAAGUUAAAACAGAAAUGCUUAGAUCAGGCGUUGGCAUAAAUCUUCAAUUAGCGCUACAGUUAUUGUCUGGUGUUGAUGCCACAUCAAUGUCCGAGUUCUCGAGUACAUCUUCUCUAUUAAAUCUGUCAAUGCAAUCAAGAACUACGAAUGCAUUGGCCUCUUGGAAAGAGCUGGUAGCUAAUAUAAUCUGCAAUCAAUAUAAAGAUAAGAAUAAUGCAUUAAUUGAGCUCGGCAAGCUGCUCCUACAAGAGAACCGGAUUUAUGCUGCUCAUAUGGUGUUUAUGUUCACAUUUUCUCCUGAAAUCUGCUCCCAGCAUUCUCAAUCUUUAUUCCAUUUAGUUGGUCUCCCUAAGGAUGGAACUUUGCCCACUCAUGAUGAGUUAUUAGAUAGCGUUCAGUUAACUGAAGUUUUGGCUUUAAUCUAUAGUCUUCACACUGAACGAGGUGUCGUUACGUAUCCUCAUUUGAUGAAUUAUCGACUUUACCUUGCUACUACACUAUCCGAAAUAGGCCAAAUGCAAACAGCAAAGAAAUAUUGUGAAUUAAUCGGGACUUACUUGAACAAGGCGUCAAAGAAGCAAUCGAAUUUGGAUCCAGACUUCAUAUUCGCUGUAAGAGAUUUAACACAACAAAUAUUUGAAAAUAAUGCCAAUGAUGACGUUACUACUUCAUGGUUGGGUAGAACUGUCUCAAGGCCGCGUUUGGAUAAUGUGCUUUCUUCAUUGGGUAGUAAAUUCAGCAAGUUUGUUGCUGGAGAGAAUGAUUAUGAGAUUUCACGCCCAGCAACUGCGAAUAAUGGUCCUUUUGGGAAGGUUGCUGCUCAUCAAGAAGCAACUUCACGUACUGGGUCUUCAAUGGGAAAUGGAAGUAAGUAUGACAAUCGACCUAUUUCAUCUGGAGUGCCGAAUCCUACUGAUACGGGUAUCAACUAUGGUGUCAGCCAAGGAAAUGCACCAUAUAUGAAUAGAUUUGAUCCUGCUGGAUUAAGCAGCGAACCUGCUUACGUGCCGACCCCAGCUUUCCAAGGAUACCAGGACAAUUUAUCCAACUUUAAUUUGGCUACGGAUUCUCAAAUGUCUUCACCCAGGCAAAUGCAAGCUCAAGUUGGGUAUAAACAGCCAACGAUUUAUGGUGAUGCAUCUUCUCGAGCACAAUAUGCUCCACCCACAUCAUCUUCUACGACUCAAAAUGUUUGGUUGCCGCGUACUUCUGUCGAAGAAGGAUAUGACACCGGUAUGGAAGGAGAGCCUUUGGAGAGUCCGUAUCGAUACAAAGCUCCGGUUCCGGAAAUCCCUACAGCUCCCGUUAAGCCCCAAUAUGCACCUUCUCAGUAUGCUCCUAUAGGACAGACGCACGAGGCAUCACAAUAUGCUCCACUAAAUACAAGCGCAUAUGUACCGAAGGUUCCGGAAGCCGAGAAUGAAAAGCAUCCGAUGGAAGCAUUGACUACAUCAAUGCAGGAUUUAAGUUUUGAUUCUGGUCGAAGCGAGCAAGCCAAACGAGCAGCAGCGCAAAAUGUUGCGGAGCUCGUGAAACGCGAAGAAGAGGAAAAGGCAAGGGAGAAAGCAGCAGCUUCGGAGAGGAAAGGUAAUAGAAAAGGAUGGUUUUCCAAGUUAUUACGAAGGGACGAUAACAAGGAGCAAGCCUCAGUUUACCAAGCGAAGUUAGGAGAAAGAUCACAUUUGCGAUAUGACAAAGACUUACGACGAUGGGUGAAUGAAGAUGGCUCUGAGUUGAACAACCAAGUGGCACCACCACCUCCUCCUCCGAAAGUCAAUCCAACCAAGCUUAUGAAUAAUCCACCUCCAAGCAUGCCUAUACCAAUGAAGGUUACUGAUGAGAUAUCACCUCCAAACAAUCCUAAUCCAACUGUAAUAGGUGCCAGUGCCAAUCCGCCUGUAAGUACGGGAUUACCGCCAACUAGGGGACCUAGUAAUUCGCCUGGUUUACCGAGCGUUGCGCCUAUCCCUCCCACCACUCGCGCAGCUCCAGGUGCCAGGGCGGCGAACGUUGAUCCUUUGGAAGACAUAUUACAUUCUGUUCCUCCUCCGGCGACAGGACGUCGUGGAAAAGGAAAGACGAGUAAACGCUAUGUGGAUAUAAUGAAAGACACUUGAAAAGUUGAAGAUGCUAACUUUUUCUCUUCUCUAUUUUUUUGAAAAGAAAGAGAUGGAUAUGAUUAUGAUUUCUGAAAUGUGUAAUUUCUACUCUUUAUGAUCAUCAUGGAUAGAUAAUGACAUUUACGACAAUCUAUGGUAGAAAAAAUAGCUUAGAAAGUGAUUAAGAGAAACGAUUGUAG